AUGUCCGACGCUAAAAAGAAAGAGAAAAGACCACCCCUAACACACUUUCUCUGCCUCCCUCUCGUCAACUCAAAAUCCCUCCCCCAACUGGAAUCCUCUCUGGCAGCAUUCAAAGCUUCGAUUCCACGCCGUGCACUCCGAUAUGGAGCUCCAGGACAGCCACUCAUCCCUGAUGGCGCGCUCCGUCCCGUCGGUACCCUGCACCUGACUCUGGGUGUCAUGAGCCUCCCAACGAAAGAGCGUCUGAACGAGGCUAUCGAGUUCUUCCAAUCACUGGACCUAGCCACUCUGGUGCGCGAGGCUGAGAAGAUCGCAAGCGCACGCGCGCAAGGGAGGAAGAGAAAUGCGCCGUUAGUCUCAGCAGCAGAGCAGUCAUCUUUGUCGAGCGCCGGGGAAGUCGCCAAAUCGCAUGAUGAAAGCCCCCCGAGCCCGUUCAUUGUCUCUCUUGAAUCUUUGCAUGCGCUUCCUCGCGCGCGUGCCGCGACGGUCCUACAUGCGGCGCCUGUCGAUCCUACGGCUCGUUUGUAUCCCUUCUGCGUACUGCUGCGGGACAAAUUUUUGGAGGCCGGAUUUUUGGUGGGUGAACAGAAGAAGGGGAAAGAUAACGAGCAGACGAAUGAUAAGUCUACAGAGGGCGCGGCGGUUGAAGAGCCCUCUCGCCUCGAGGAUAUGCCAGCCAACAUUGCGGAAGAAGCCGCACUUAAAUCAGACAAGUCGAUAAGCACCGGGCCUGUGUCGAAGAAAUCUACAGCGUCAAAACCGAAGAUCAGACCCCUUCUUCUGCA